GAAAUUUUUCUAUAUAUAUUUCUCCUCCACGAUGACAGACGUCAAGCAUCCUCAAGUGAUUUUUUGCAACGAUUCUCCUAAAAGAGUGCUGGUUUCUGUAAUCAAGACAACUCCAAUCAAGCCGAAAGCUAUGGACACGGUGAUGCCUACUAGUCCCGGUUUUAGUGAUUUUAUGGUUUAUCCGUGGCGAUGGGGAGAAAACGCACACAAUGUAACCCUGAGUCCCGGGUCAGGUAUUGGAGCCGCUUCUCCCCCGAGGAACAGCGCUGCUACAGACCCAGACAUCGCGUCCUGCACAGAUCACCUCAAGGAUGGGAUCCGCCGUGGCCGCCCGCGAGCCGAGACCGUCCGCGAGCUCAUCAGCGAGGGCGAGAACUCCACUAGCCGUAUCCGCUGCAACGUCUGCAACCGUGUUUUCCCCCGCGAGAAAUCGCUGCAGGCACACAAACGUACACACACGGGUGAGAGGCCGUACCUGUGUGAUUAUCCAGACUGUGGGAAAGCCUUCGUCCAGAGCGGCCAGCUGAAAACCCACCAGCGACUCCACACCGGGGAAAAGCCCUUUGUUUGCUCAGAGAAAGGCUGUGGUAGCCGUUUCACUCACGCUAACCGACACUGCCCUAAGCACCCAUAUGCCAGGCUGAGGAGAGAGGAGCCCAGUGGUGAGCCUGGAAAAUCACAAGGCGCUGACAACAAGGCUGUGGCUGAGUGGUUAACAAAUUUUUUUCACAGGUACUGGCAGACACGUGAGCAGCGAACCCCGGUGCCAAGUAAAGGAAAAACCCUGAACAAGGCAACAGAGGAGGAUCAGGAGCAGCAGGACCCCAUGGACUUCCUUCCCUCUGACGAAGGUGAAGAGGAAGAGCAGGAUGAGGGGAAGAGCGGCGGAGGAGGAGGAGCCGCUCGGCGACGCCUCCAGGAGCAGAGAGAGCGGCUCCACGGAGCGCUGGCUCUUAUUGAACUAGCCAACAACCUGUCUCCAUAAACUAAACCCUGGGGUUGCAUAUUGCUGGAUAAAUUCUAGCUUACGUCCAAACAUGACAAGUGAAACGUCUACAUUUUUGCAUUUAAAUUUAGGAUUUUGGUCAGUAAUUGACAUAGCAAUGCAACUUUUCCACAUAUGCAACCCUAGGAUUUACGGCUCGUGGCGGCCGACAAGCUCAAAAGCACCUUAUUUUUGCUUUCAGUUUUAACCUUAGGCUGCUACUAUGGUAGAUUUGAAGAAUGUUUUACUUUUUUUUCCAGCUUAUCAAAGACAGAGACGAUCGUUUUUGCGUUUUGUUUUGGAUUUUUGUCAUGCACUUUUUUGUUUUUUUCCGCGUUAACGAGUUUUUCUCUUUCAGUUGCGUGUGGACUUGAGCAUGUUUUAUUCAUGUACAUAGAUGGACUGGGGUGUGUGUGGUUGUGAUUUGGAGUGCAUUAAGAUGCUGCACUUGUCAUUUGGCGUGGGAAUCAGCAGAUCAGUCAGGAGAAACCAGAAUGGGCUUUGUGUGAGAGGUUAAGGCUGUGCUCUCUGAUCAGCUUCACCCGAGUUCACACAGUAGAGCAAUUUGUUACACAUAUUCAGUCAACUGUUUUGUCAUAUGUAUGUUAUUCUACGCCUGAGGUCUAGACUACGCGGUAACAUUAACUAACACAAGCUUGGUGAAACUCUAGAAAGCGCCAUAUACUUUCCAACAUGCAAGAAUAUAUUAGCUUAUAGCAGACAAUGUUUUAUGGUCACAUAAAAAGGUCAUAUUAAAGGAAAUUCACAUUAUUUAGUGUUACUUCUAAAUAAAGCAGUUAGGCAGUGGGAUCCUCGUUAAUGGUUAUGUCAGCUUUCAAAAGCAUGACUGGAGAAAGAUUUUCCACUUACAAUCAACAGACAGCACUUGUUUUGGCAACAAGAAGAGUUUUGAGUUUUUUUUUUUGUUGUUGUUGCUGAGUUUCUUUUUCUCUACUGAUGAUGAUGGCAUAUUUACAGUUUAACACUACAUUAGGUUGGGGUUUUUUUCCCCUCUCCAAAACCUUUGCCAUCAUAUGACGUUUGUUUUCGUUAUAGCUCUCUGAAAAUUGCAAACACCUCCUGAAACGCUGAUAAAAAAUACGAUGGUCAGUACAGUGACGUUUGGUGGAAUUACAUGAACUCCGAAGCCUAAAUCUGGUGAAAAUAUACAAAACUGGAAAAUAGCUAUUACUUUUGAUCAUCUAAAAUGAAAACAGAUUUUAUAAUGUACACCUAAUUUUUGUAUUGUGUUCUUAUAUGUGUGUAUAUAAAUGAAUAAUAUAUUCCACCAAGUGAUUUGGAAACAUGCACGAGUUCUAAGUUAAAUUCUCAGAAACAUCCUUUGUGAUUUUUUUUUGUGUGCGUGUGUGUGUGUGUGCGCGUGUGACAACAGAAUGUAAAUCAAGUUGUUCGGUCUGUAACAUGGAAAAGUGUGAGGUUUGAAAAAGGACAUUGUAAA